GCUACUAGAUCUAUAUUGGUGAGAACGUGAUAAUUGUUACUCUAAUUUCUAAGAAGUAACUCGGUGAACAAGCCAUCAUGUCUGGUUGGGAGCAUGGAAUAUGUGGUUGCUUUGAUGACUGCACAAUAUGCUUGCUGUCAUUUUUUUGUCCUUGCAUUCAAAUUUAUCGCAAUGCUAAUGCAAUCCCUGAUGGAGAACAUGGUUGCCUCUUUCUUUGUGGAAUGUGCACAUUUCUUCAUGCUUGCUAUAAUCGUACCACACUGCGUCAUGAUAUUCGUGUUCACAAAAAUAUCAGUGGAAGUCAUUGUGAAGACUGGCUAUGCACUUACUUCUGUUUCUCUCUUAGUUUAGCUCAAGAAUCUCAGGAAAUGAAGAGUGAGUAUAUGCUCCGUGAAUAGACUCUACUGUAAAAUAAUCAUGGACUUUUUCUCUAAAAUAAUAUAAAAUCAUUAUGUUGUGAUACAGCUUUUGGUUUAUUAAAAAAUUUUUUGUACCUUAUACAAAUUUUUUUUGAUGAAUGUGGGAGUGUUAGUCAAGACAAUUAAGUUUAA